AUGGAUCGUACUUGGAUGUAUAAUAGAGCAUAUUCCGAUAGACACAGAUUGAAAGAUGAGUUUGUUUGUGGGGUUAAAAAGUUUGUGAAGAAGGCUUUGAAUCAACCCAUUUGUAAAUCUGAGGAAGGGAUAAGGUGUUCGUGUAUAAAUUGCAAGUGUUGUAAGAUAAGUACAACAACUAAUGUAAGACUUCACUUAUAUCGAGAUGGAUUUCAACCAGACUAUUGGAUUUGGACUCAACAUGGAGAAGUGGAGCUCAACAUUGAUACAAGGGGUGUGUCGCUACUGCGAAAAUCGGCGCCGGCAAAACAGAAGAGUCGCCACCGUGCAUUAUUUAUCCCAAAGGAGGGAAAGGAAACGCUCAGAGAAAACCUCGCAAAAAACGGGAAAGGUAUGGUCAUCGCAACCAAAACCUGGAUUCGGGAGUCGGUUACGCAAGGGGAAGGUAUUAACACCCCUCACGUCCAUCGUACUCGAUGGGAUCCACGCUUACUUGUUUGUCUAAAGGAUGCAAAAACAAUUUAUCUAAGGCUGCUAAGUCUAAACGGAAGGAAAUUGACUCGAUAG